UUACAUAUUAUAGUGUACAUAUUAUAAAAUUAAUCCGUUUAUUAAUAUAUAUUUUCGAUAAUUGUUUUUUAUCUACAAAAUGUCUCAUGAAAUUUGGAAAAAACAAGGACAUCAGCGAAAAAAUUGGGAUGAGAAAACAAUUUUUCAAAAAUAUUGGUAUUAUUUGCAACCGCUUGGAAAGUUUUUCAUAAAUACUAUAAUGCAACCUUUGCCUUUUGCAUCCAUAUUUAAGGUUUAUUCUGGAAUAAUAAUACUAUUUCUUAUACUAGUGCCAAUCUUACAUUUUGUUGUGGCGUGUCUAAUAACUUAUGGAGUUUUUCAAUAUUUUGUGGAAAGCACAUUUGAAACAAAAUUUCCUAGAUCUUGGAAUUUAUUAGAUCUUGUUAAAUAUAUAUAUAAUUUUGAAGUAAAAAACCCACAUCAACAGUACUUCGUGAAUUUGUAUUUCGCACGCUGGCGAGUUAUGAUAACUGCUAUAACAUCCUCAUUGGAUUAUCUGCGUCUAACAUUUUGUUUACUCAAUGAAUUAUUUGAAUGAUCAAAAUUUAAAGUACCUCCUUACAAAUCAACACUGUGCAUUUUAUUGGAUUUUCAUUUAUUUCAAUAAAGAUCUUAUUUAUUUAGACGUAUAAAUAUAAAAAUGUUUGUAUAUCUGUUCAAAUAUUACAAUCAGUUAAAUCAAUGAAUAUAAUUACAGUGUUACACAGAAAUAAUUAUGAUAUAGAAGUUAAAUACAUUAUUUUCUUUUC